GUAAAAGUAGUGCAACUGGACGACCAAGCACUUUCUUAGAGCAACUACAAGAAAACUUCAGUUCCAAUCGGAUUUCGAACGGAAGCGGUGCGAAUUUAGCUGUGGAGCAGACCGUGCAGGAGCAGUUGCGGCAAAGCAACACAAAUCAAGGUCGUCUUGGUCUUGAUAGUGCGCGGCCAGCGGUCUGUUCCACAAAAGACCGAACUUCUUCGCCAGAUGAACAUCAAGUGGAUCGAAACAUUGAUCCCAACGCGACAGUGAUAUUAUCGCCCUCUUGCUCCCCGUCGUUGGACUCACGAGCGACUUUAGGGUCCGCAACAGCGUCUCCAGCGGCUGGGGUGAACAAAAACCGCUGGUCAACCAGGGCGAGUGCUGGAAAUGCUUCGGCCGCGUCGCAAAAUUUCUCUGCUGCGGCGAAUAAUAGCAACAAGAACUUUUCUUGCGCCGAUGUGCUGCAGAGAAGACACUCCGACCUGGGCUCUGUGAUGCGCGUACCGAGAAGCUCGGUGCGAAGCGAGGAUGCGAAAUUAUUGAAGCAGCUGGAAGAUCAUGACAAAAAUGAUAAAAACUACAACCCUCACCUCCGAGUCCCAUCAAAUUCUCCACCUCAUCCGCGCCGGGCCAGUUUACAGCACCAGAAUCUACUACUCCCCCCGCCGCCGAACGGUAUGAAUAAAACAGGAAGAAGUAGAACAUCAUCCACUAUUCCAGCAAAUGAUAAAAUAUCUUCCCGUGCCGCGAAGAUCAUUGACAAGAAGAAAAUGCGGCGGAUGGGGUUGAAUAAGCAGCAAGUCCUCCACGAAAUCAAGAUUCUCGCGCUCUGUUUAUCAAAUGUAAAAAUGUCUGGGUCUGGAAGGAUCCGAAUUUGUGAUGCAUGUUUCGAAUCCUACAAAGAUCUGUGAUGCAUAACGUGCAAAAGGUGCCCACUUCUGGCCAUGCUGAGAGGGCAUGUCUCAUGCAGAAUACGCAUCACGAAGGGGCUGCAGAACCUGUGAUGCUAGGCCCUGCAUUCCAGACUUGGGGGAGCUUGGAAAAGCUGCAUGACAAAUUUCGGAAUCUCCCAGACUCAGACAUUUUUGCAUUUGAUACUGUUGCCACCCAAACAUUCUCGAGAUUUUCGAGGCGUUCGAGUCGGAGAAUGAGUACAGUUUCGUCUUGGAAUUCUGUCCCGGCGGGGACUUGCAGGCGGUCGUGGAGAACCAAGGAGCCGAGCCGUUUCUAGAAUCGGUCAUUGCGAAAUGGAUGAAGCAAGUUUUGUACUCGAUCCGCUACCUCCACUCCAUCGACAUCUGCCACCGGGACGUGAAACCGCACAACUUUCUCUUCGCUGCGGACCUGAAAACGUUGAAACUGGGUAUAACGAGCUCAGGUGUUACAAUCUCAAGCGUUACAAUAGAAUCUGAAAAUCUGUGAUGCAAGAGUGCAUGAUCUAGCCAACUCUCGUGGGAUUGCGCAUGAGAAGUUCCGGAGCCCCAAACCCCACUACAAUCUGGCGAAAUUUGUAUUGCAGAAAGUGGAACGCUCUGCGAGUCUGUCAUGCCCAUCAUGCAAAACAGAUCUCAGAUUCUAUUGUAAUGCUUGAGAUUGUAACACCUGAGCGGGUCAUACUGGGAGAUUUCGGGGUGGCCGUGAAGGUGAUGACGGAUUUUGACACGACGGCGUACGGGAAAAGUGAGCAAAAAGUGAAGCUAUUACGUGACCGGCUGGGUACUCCGGCGUUCAUGGCGCCGGAGAUGCACCUGCUACCUGGGAAAUCCAAAGGGUAUGACUGUAGAGUGGAUGUGUGGGCGGCGGGCGUGAUUUUCGUGUUUCUACUGUCCAACUCCUGUCCGUUUGUGGACAGCGACAACAAGUUGAUGAAGAAGGAGAUUUUGGAGGGGAAAGUCCCCAUUUGGGACAUCGGAAACAACAGUACUUCUAGCGGUGAUUUGGGAACAAGUGGUGGUGCAGGCAGCUUUUUCAAAAGCCUUUUUGAACGCUUUUCAACAACAUCGGCGACGUCUUCAAACGGCAACAAUGGCUCCUCCUCUUCGUCAAAGCUACCCACCAGCAAAACAACCCGCAAGCCGAGUCUCCUUGCGAAGCAGUUCGUGCGGGCAUUGCUUCAGCCAGAUCCGGACCAAAGGCUGGACAGUUCGCAGGCUUGUGAGCACCAGUGGCUGCGGAUCGCCAGCACCGGGGCGCUGGACUAUCAGCUUGAUGAUGUUCUUGACAAGGGGGUUGCUAGCAAAGGUGCUAAAAGUAAAACCUCGGAUAUUAAAGCUGCAUCAGCGAAAGAACAGAAGAACGCAAUAAACGGCGCUGCACAAGAACGUGACAAAGAAAAUGAACCGCUCCUGAACUACCAGGAUUUUGAAUCUGUUUUGCACAAGGGGCUGAACAACGCGAUUAACUUCAGCAAAUUCCUUGGUGAGAAAGUGGCGGAUAAAACCGUGAAUUUGAUCGAGAACAAGAUCGAACCGAUGCUAGAAAGGGCGAAUGAGAAUAUCGUCGUGCCGGAUGUUGUGAUCCAGAAAGAAAACCAGUUAAUCGACGAGGAGAAAUCGAAAUCCGGGUGCGGGAUUUGCUACCAAGAAGACUCUUCCAUCUUCGACUUCAUCUGCCCCCGGUGCAAGUACGUCUGUUGCAAACAGUGCUUCUCCAAAUUGCGGCAGCCGCAGUGCCCGUUCUGCAAGUACAAGGUGUCUGGGCAAUUGCUGGCGAGGGGGGUUAUGGAAAUCAGCGAAAAAUCCGGAAAAAUGGUGUCCAACGCGAAGGAAGUGGUCCGACACAGUGGGGCGUGGAUCGAGCAGGGAAUCGAGGGGGUGUUAGACGUGCCGGUGGGCGGACAGGUGGGGGUUGCACAGGGCCAGCCGCAAACCCGAUUUUCAUCUUCGCCAAAGAAGAACGGGAAGACCAUGACUGUUGUAGUUGGUGGGAACAAAGCAAAAGACGAAGACGAGGGAAAAGUAGAACAAGAAGAAUCACCUUCGCCAGAGGUAGAACAGGUUAAAAUAAACCAAAGAGACGUGUGCGGGGCGUGCGGGAAAGAUUAUUCCAAAGAGGAAAAUCAGAACGCCUUGUCCGGGAUGUGGGACUUUUCGUGUCCGCAGUGCAACGUCAUGAUUUGCAAGAAGUGCUUGGAACAUAAACAAGGUGUAGUUGACCACCGCGACGCUGGGGCAGUGGAAGUAAAUGCUGGGAAAAAUAAAAACAACAACAGUAGUGCAGCAAGUUCUUCGACUACCGCCUUUAAUACGAGCAGUUCAUCUAGCGCUUCCGCUUCUGCAGCAACACCUGCCGCAUUGCAGACCAUUUGGGACGAAGCAACAGCUCCUUCGAGAGAACCCGCAGUCGCAUCCACAACAUCUUCUUCCCACAAGAAGGACCUCCCACCCCACUUCCACCACUGCCCGAGCUGCAGUUUCGACUACAGUAUGCAGUUGCAGCAGCACUUCAUGUUGCAGGAGAAUGCGGUGAAAGCGAAGGAACAGUUCGACAGCAUUAAGCAGAACGUGAAAAACGAGGUCUCGGGGCUCGAUUUCGGGGAGUUUGGGAAGGAGAUUACGGGAAUGAUCAAGGAGGACGCGCAGUCGUUUGGGAGCUGGUUGUUCAAGAAAGUUUGGGACGAUGAUCAACAAAACGACGGGGACGGCGGGGAGAACAAUUAUAAUCAUAAUGCAGCUGCGAACAAUGGUAAAAAUAACUACAAGACUGGAAGAACUACAAAAGAGAGCUCGUACUCGCCCGUGCCGAGUGAAAAUGAACAAGCUGGAGCUCCUCUCUGCUCUUCGUCAACAACAACGCAGGACGACAAAGACGCGGCUAGCUGCAAUGCGAAAAAUUCUAUAAUGGAUUCAGCUGCUGGCACGAACAAGAAGAAGUCAGGAGCAUCCUCUCAAAAGUGA